CUUUUUUAUCAGGCUGAACACUUCAACAUGCUGAUUCUGACUGAAACACUGCUCUUUGGAACAAUGAUAUUGUGGACUUGAUUACACUUGGAACACUAAGAUUACCCAUGAGUAUUCUGACAAGAAAUAUGUGGGUGUCUUAUAAUGAUCCGUCUCUUGCUUUCGGCUCCAACUCUUGAUCCGUCUCUUGCUGAUGGCUGUCGUCGUUCUCGUCGUUACCGCGAGAGGACCACCCUGGGGCGCAAGACCAUCGUUCCCUUCGCGACCCGUCGGAGCUUCGAGGGGAAAAUUCUGCGCGCGACACCUCAAAGCGUCUUUCGACUGGCAUGGUCAUAAAAGCUGUCGUCGUUACCGCGAGAAGACCACCCUGGGGCGUAAGACCAUUGUUCCGUUCUGCUCUUCACGACCCGUCGGAGCUUCGAGGGGAAAAUUCUACGCGCGACACCUCAAAGCGUCGUUCUACUGGUGCGCUUGCGAAUUGCGAAUUGUUCCUGUGUUCGAAUACACGAGCUGUGCGACGAUCGGCGGCGGGGCCGAUUGGUUCCGCUCGAUGCGGCUUCUACUCAGAGCAAGUGCCCAAGAGUUUUCUACGUGUGCUCGUUUGGCAAGUUCGGACAGCAGAGGCGAGUAUCGUGGAGUGGAAUGCCCUGCCGAGGAAAUCGAGUCGGACGCCGUAAUGGUGGUUAUUGUAAACUCUUCCAAAUGACUUCUGUUCCUGGAUUUUUCAUCGAGGUUCAGCCUGUAAGCUACAAGGAGCAGGUUGAGUUCCUUGAUUGGUUGAAAGAGCGCGGACAGCGAGAUGCUUAUCUUAGUACUACUGUGGGAACCUCCACACAUGGCAGUGCUGAAAUUGUACCUGUCGCCUUGUUCGCUACCCGUCCCAUUCAAGCUGGCGAGCGUGUUCUUCGUGUUUCCCGAGAUCUGACAAGCUACCGAAGGAGGUCACGAAACUUUUGCCGCAAGAUGUUAGUGAGUGGGCUCGUCUUGCUCUCUUCUUACUUGCCGAGCAGCAUAAGGGCCAGGAAUCAGUUGCCUACCUCCUUUAGGGUCUAUUCACAGUACGGUACGCGAAUAAUGGCCGCCGAAGCCACCAAGCUUGACGGGCGGCUGGCUCGACGACCUUUGAAAGACAAGAACAGAGAAGCUCAGGCUAUGAGCCUCCUGCUAGCUCGUUUGGAGAGUAUGAUGCAGCAACGGCAUAGUGCACUUCUGACCUUGCGCUUGGUGAAAACAUGUAGAGGGUCGAAUUCAGGCUCGAAGAGUCCAGUUACAGUGCACGUACACAUGGCAGGUGCCGUUGUCAGCGGAGAGAUGCGCGUUUUAAGGUCUGUCAUCGCUUGGUUGAGAAUCAUUGUUCUCCUUCGACUGUCCUCACAUGAGCAUCAAAGGUUUUCGACUUCGCACGCGAUCCUUUUCCUUGAUGGGGGCAUGAUUCGCCUCGUGUGAGUAGAAUGACCGUGAACGAUCCAUGCUCGAGGCGGCCUUACUCGCCGCGAAGAAGUUUUCAGCAGCCACGGCACUCACGAUCUCAUCCUUUGAACGUGAUAACAGAGCAAAACCACGAGUGCUCCCUGACAACCAAUGACGCUGAUGAAGAGACCUGGAGACAAUUCCAUACUUGCAGUCAUCAGGCAGCAGCGUCCGCAGGUUCGACUACAAAGGAAAAAACAUUGUCCAAAAAUAUUCAUGUAAAACAUUCUAACAAAUGUACGGGGUUCUCAGCUCUCAGUUGAAGACCUCGAUCGUGGCAUCAGGUGAUCUAGGAUAUGCUUAGUCUCCAUUGUACUGUGACCUACUUUAAGCUUGUGAACAAAACUCAUCUGCUCCGACAGGAUAAGUCAACUGUGACAACCAGCGCACGGUUCGACCAAGCAUUCAUAGCAGCGAUUCUUGUCAUAGAGAGGAGAGGACAUAGUAGAAUAAAAGAGCGCUCAAGGAGGAGCUGCUGUAAGAGCAGCGACAAUGAAUCCCAAAUAUGGUCAGCACAAACAGUAGGAGUGGGAUGUUGAAUCAAUCAAAGGGAAAAAUAAAUAUAAAGAACGUCGACCAACUUUACAUCAACUUUGGGUGAAACUUAAAAAAUCAAUAUAUAUAUAUAUAUAUAUAUAUCGGCUUGCUUUGAUUUGUUUUCCUUUUCCUUCAUGAACAUCUGAAUUCAGCGAUUAUAUCCACUCCUGGAUCAGACACAGC